AUGUCCACUAGCGGUGUUGUCUCACCAUUUCGGAUCUCCAGGAAAGAUGGAGAGAAGCUUGAUCGCAAUGAGGCAUUUAUAGCCGUUCGAGAGCACCUGAAGCGCCAAGAGAUGGGCAUGGAUGCCCCAAGUUUCUGCUCUCACCACCGCCAUUCUUGCUCCGAUCAAGACAAGGAGUCCUUCCGCCUGCAUCGCGAUAUCAUUCAUACCCUCUUACUUCCUUUGUUCCUGCUCCACCACCAAGCCUCCCGUGUCGCCGCUAGGGCGCUGCCCAGCCGCAAGGAAGCGGAAUCGGAACGGGCAUUUCGAGGGGAAGCACGCAGUGCUUAUGCCUGGCUUCAAUGCAUCCUCACCGAGGAGCAUGAUUGGUACCUGACCGAACGAUGCCCCGCUUGCAUCGUCCUGCACGUCUUACAUUCCGAGCCGACUAUUCGUUUCGUAGCCGUGGCUUGCCUUCUGUCCGACCACCUGCAAGGUCUGGACCUGCUCCACGGGAAAAAUCGGUUGCCCAGCUUCGACUUUUGGCUGGAGGCAUUAGAAACAGCUGUUCGCGAGGAUCCUUUCUGGGGCCAUGAUUUCUGGCCCGAUAUCGAGUACCGCGCCUGUGCUUUGACCGACGGUGUCAAGCAGCUGGUGCUGCAGUGCCUGGAACUCCGAUCUGCGUUGGAUCGACAAAGCCAACAAUCUCAGACGUACGAUUCCAGUGCUCACUUCCGUCGUGAGUCGCUGCGGCAAUCAAACCACCCAAUGAAGCCCUCGACUGCUAUAUCACGAAUGACUGGAGAAGAGCAGAAGCUCUUGUCCAAGGUCGCGGGUAGCCGUUGCAUGUCAUCAUAUUGGCAAGAUCGGCCGCAAAGAUUCCAUGCCCGCAGACACGGCGAUCCCCGCAGAAGGUCGGUGACUUCUUGA